ACUUGUCCAUAUUACGCGCCAUACAUACGCUUACUAUUAAUUACUCUCACACUAAUCACAAAUUUUGCUCUCAAGCAAUCUGAUCCUCUGUUUAAUCACUCUUAAUUACAUAAUAAUCCGAUCUCUGCCAAAAACAGCAACAGUGCCGAGCAGUAUGUCACGCUUGCUGCGUUCAAAGCCCUCAUUUCCCAGUCCACGGUACAGUGUCUUCUACCUUUCAGCGGCUUUGUCGAAAGAAGGGAGAUCAUUGUCUACAAGCUCCGAUAAGGUUAAUGGUGCAUCCAAAGUUGAGGAAGCAAGGGCAGGUGAAUCAAGUUCUUCGACGGAGAAGGUCCUUAUUUUAGGGGGAAGUGGAUUUGUUGGUUCACAUAUGUGUAAAGAAGCAUUAAGGCAUGGUUUGACAGUAUCCAGCCUUAGUAGGUCUGGGAGAUCAUCAUUACAUGAGUCUUGGGCUGACAGCAUAGUCUGGCAUCAAGGUGAUCUGCUUAAACCCAAUUCCUUGAAGCAUGCGAUGGAUGGUGUAACCUCUGUGAUCUCAUGUGUUGGAGGUUUUGGCUCAAAUUCUCAUAUGUACAAAAUUAAUGGAUCUGCAAACAUAACUGCUAUUAAAGCAGCCGCAGAGCAAGGUGUGAAAAGAUUUGUGUAUAUAUCUGCUGCGGAUUUUGGUUUGAUUAAUUAUUUGCUACGAGGAUAUUAUGAAGGAAAGAGAGCAACUGAAACUGAAUUGAUGAACAACUUUCCAAACACAGGUGUAAUUCUUAGGCCAGGUUUCAUACAUGGGAAUCGACGAGUUGGAAAUAUGACAUUACCCUUGAGUGUAAUUGGGGGUCCUCUCGAGAUGGUACUCCAACAUGCCAAACCGCUGACCCGAAUCCCACUCAUCGGUCCUCUUCUUAUACCUCCUGUCAAUGUGAAUUCAGUGGCAAAGGUUGCUGUAAGAGCUGCAACGGAUCCAGCUUUCCCUCCUAGUAUUCUUGAUGUAUAUGACAUACUACAACACAGCCGAAAGUGAGCUUAAAUAGGUCCCUUAGUUGUCCGAUUUUUCUCCAUCUUUAUGUUCUUUUAGUUACAAGAAGAUCAAGAUCAUUUCUCUUUGUUCAGCAAAACUUAAUUUUCACACCGCUGUAUAAAAUUCAAUCUUUUUGUUUUCUC